AUGCUGUUGAAUACAUCCUUUCGAAACAUACUCUGUCGCUCCAACCCAAAGCAAUGGCCACAGUGUUUCUUGCCCACCAUCGCAACGACACGAUACCUACGCACAUCUUCAGUACCUAGCAGCUCUACAUCUACACCCCUACCAUUCAAAAAGGAGAAAGAUGGGGCAUCCGGGUAUCUUCUGGCAAAAGCCGAUGAAUUAGUCAACUGGGGAAGGCAAGGCUCCCUGUGGCCCUUGUCAUUCGGAUUAGCCUGCUGCGGAAUCGAGAUGAUGCAUACCUCAAUGCCACGCUACGACCAGGACCGACUGGGCAUUAUUUUCCGCGCCUCACCACGGCAAGCCGAUGUCAUGAUAGUGGCCGGUACGGUAGUCAACAAGAUGGCACCGGCAGUGAGACAACUAUAUGAUCAGAUGCCUGAGCCAAAAUGGGUGAUCAGUAUGGGUAGUUGUGCCAAUGGCGGAGGAUAUUACCACUACAGUUACAAUGUUGUACGCGGUGUGGACCGCAUCGUGCCGGUGGAUAUUUAUGUACCUGGAUGUCCACCGACUGCAGAGGCGCUUCUGCAGGGGAUUUUUCUUCUACAGAAGAAGAUGCGGAGGACGCAGGUUACUAGGAUGUGGUAUAGACGCUAG